AUGGCGAGUGUCACCAGUGCAACCGUUGACAGCGCAGACAUUGUCAGGCUGAUUCUCCAGUUCUGCAAAGAGAACAGCUUAUUCAGGACUUUGCAAUGUUUGCAAGAAGAGUCACGGGUGUCUCUAAAUGCCGUGGACUCCUUGGAUGCGCUCCUGAGUGAUGUGAACAAAGGUCACUGGGACACUGUUCUGCAAGCAGUGUCCUACUUGAGCCUGCCGCCGAACGUCCUACAGGAUCUGUACAGCCAGGUUGUGCUGGAGCUUGCCGAGCUGCGCGAGGUGGAAACUGCCCACCACUUGCUUCGGGAGACAGCUCCAAUGAACGCGCUGAAGCAAGCAAAUCCCGAGAGGUACUUGCGAGUCGAGGCCCUGGUCAAGAAGCAUCACUUCGACGCUGCUGAAGCCUACGAGGGCAUGAGCAAGGAGAAGAUCCGAGCAAAUCUUGCCCAGAGUAUCAGCAAGCACGUCCAGGUGGCUCCUCCAUCGCGUUUGCUGGCGCUGGUUGGCCAGGCUAUGAAGUGGCAGCAGCAUGUGGGCCUGCUGCCAAAAAAUGCACGGAUUGAUGUUUUCAGAGGUGUGGCCAAAGAUGCCGAAGUUGAAGCAGAAAUGUGUCCCACAAUGGUUGCAAGAACUGUUAAGUUUGGCGCGAAAUCUCACCCAGAAUGCGUGACAUUUUCGCCAGAUGGGCAGUUUUGCGUAUCCGGGUCAGUUGAUGGCAUGGUUGAAGUUUGGGAUCAUCAGACUGGCACUCUGCGGAAGGAUUUGCAGUACCAAGAUGAGGGGAGCUUCAUGAUGCACGACAAAGCAGUUAUAGCCGUCGCAUUCAACAAGGAGUCGGAGCUUCUGGCGACAGGAUCACAGGAUGGUCAAAUAAAGGUGUGGAGAAUAGCCACAGGGCAGUGCGCCCGCCGCUAUGAGAAGGCUCACAGUGAGGGCAUCACCUGCAUCACAUGGGCCAAAGACUCUUCGCAACUUCUUACUGGCUCCUUUGACUUCACAGCGCGAGUGCAUGGCAUCAAGUCUGGAAAGACGCUGAAGGAGUUCAGAGGUCACAAGUCCUACGUGAAUAGCGCAGUCUACACAAAGGACAAUGCACGGGUUGUCACUGCCUCCUCGGACAGCCAUGUCAUUGUCUUUGAUGCGAAAACUACGGAAAUGAUUAAUACCAUCACGCCACCUCCGCCAUCACACUGCAGCUCCAUCAUGGACUACUCUGUGAAUUGUGCACUCAUCGCUCCAAAGAUCCCUGGAUACAGUGAGCAUGAGGAUUUGAUAUUUGUUUGCACACGCACCAACACCAUUUUGCUCAUGAACCUUGCGGGGCAGGUGCUAAAGAGCUUUUGCUCCGGAAAGCGUGACAAGGGUGACUUUGUAGCCAUGACCACAUCACCGAAAGGUGAGUGGUUAUAUGGAGUUGCCGAAGACAACACAUUGUAUUGCUUCUCGGUGGCAUCAGGGGCGCUGGAGCAAACGCUGAAAGUGGCAGAAAAGGAGGUCAUCGGGAUUGCCCAUCAUCCAUCUCGCAAUGUUAUGGCUGGUUUCGCCGGCGAUGGCUCCAUGGUCUUCUUGAAGGCGUGA